GGAGCGAGCGGGAGGGCGCGGCGCGGCCGCAGCCCGUGCGGGGAAUGAGGCGGCGGCGGGGCGGCCGGAGCGCGGCGGCCGGAGCUGGCGCUGCCCUGGGCUGACCCCUUCGGGGGCCGCCGGGGCUGCGCGGCGCCGGUAGCGGGGCCCGGGCCCGCCCGGAGAUACUCCAUGCUGCCCCGCCAUGUGCAGAGGCUGGGCAGAGACUGGAUCACCCACUGGAAUGGCUCCCAGAUACUGGCCUUGAACAGCCCAGUUUCCAGCUGUAUGAGAUGGGCCGGACACUAUCCUCCCUGGGCCUCAUUUCCACUCCCUAUUUCAGCUGAUUUUUCAGCAAACUGGAGAUUCCCUCCAUUUUUUGGACCUUGGAGACAAUUUCAGAACUCUAAUUGGCACCUUGAUAACUACACACAAAGUUGUUGCUUUCACCUACCCAGCCCCAGUAUGAAAUCUGAGGGAGAAGAACCAUUGACAAAGAAGAGACGACUCAGUGACCAGGAUGAUACUUCAGCUCCUGAACAACAUACAAACUUGUGUAAUCAGAAGGAAGUAUCUUGCCUUUCUGUAGCACAGAAUGAAGAAAAAUGUGGCAGCAAGAAAGGAACCAUCAAAAGACACUGGGAAUAUUUCUGUCAGCAGAGUAAAACAAUGAAAAUUGCUAAAAAUAAAGGACCUGACCAAAGCAGUACAGGAAGUGAGGCAACAUUUGAUUUUACUGUCAUGUCCUACAAUAUUCUCUCACAGAAUUUGUUGGAGGACAACUCUCACCUGUACAAACACUGCAGGCAGCGACUGCUAUUCUGGACAUACAGAUUUCCCAACAUCCUACAAGAAAUCAAAGAGCUGGAUGCAGAUGUGCUCUGCUUACAGGAAGUCCAAGAAGACCACUAUAGAACAGAGAUCAAGUCAAGUUUGGAAUCCCUGGGAUAUCACUGUGAGUAUAAAAUGAGGACAGGCAGAAAGCCUGAUGGCUGUGCCAUUUGCUUCAAAACUUCCAAAUUUAGCCUGAUUUCCUCAAACCCAGUGGAAUUUUUUCGCCGUGAUAUCCCACUCUUGGACAGGGACAACGUUGGACUGGUGUUGCUGCUGCAGCCCAGAUUUCACUGUAAAGCCAAUACUGCCAUCUGUAUUGCCAAUACACACCUGCUGUACAACCCAAGGAGAGGGGACAUCAAACUGACCCAGCUUGCAAUGCUCCUGGCAGAGAUUGCCAGUGUUGCCCCUCAGAAGGAUGGCUGUUUCUGCCCAAUUAUCAUCUGUGGAGACUUCAAUUCUGUUCCUGGCUCUCCAUUGUACAGAUUUAUAAAGGAAGGAAAGUUAAAUUACGAAGGACUUGCUAUAGGGAAGGUCUCUGGACAAGAACAGUUUCCAAGGGGACAAAGAAUCUUAUCUAUUCCAAUUUGGCCAAAAAAAUUAGGUAUUUCACAAAACUGUGUAUAUGAAAUAAAACAGCAACAAAAGGAAGAAAAUGCAGGAGAAAAAUUGGAAGCAGAAAAACCAGACAACACUCAGGAGAUUGUAAUAGCAUCUGAAAAGUUGUCUUCAAAAUUGCGGCACCAUUUUAAAUUGUCUUCAGUGUAUUCUCAUUACUUCCCUGAAACUGGGAUACCAGAAGUGACAACUUGUCAUUCCCGAAGUGCUGUCACUGUGGAUUAUAUUUUCUAUUCUGCAGCAAAUGAUGAUACUGCUGACCAGCCAGGAGCAGAGGAUUCUUUUUGUGGAGGUCUGAAACUUCUUGGCAGGCUGGCACUUCUAACAGAGAAAGAUCUUUGGACUGUUAAUGGUCUUCCCAAUGAAAAGAACUCUUCUGACCACCUGCCACUGCUAGCAGAGUUCAGGCUUAUUGAACGGUAAUAUCCAAAGGACUUGUGGUGUAGGGAGUGCAGGUAAAGUGCAGCGGCGGCGGCGGGGAGCCCUGUGGAGCCCGUGGCACGGCUGAGUCAGAUGCGGAGCUGGUAGCCCACCUCGUUGAGUGUAGCCAGGUCUCCUUUCUUGUCCAGCACCGCCGGCCUGCGCACAGGGGAGGGAAGAGGGCGCUGCGAUCCCGUGCAGGUGUGGAGAGCACGGCAGCCACACCGGGAAAAGCUCGCCUCACAGGAGGGUGGAUAGAGCUAAUGUCAUCUGAAACACAGUCCUGGUAAAUCUGCUACAGGAACUACUGUGAUAGAGCUAUCUGUGUGUCGGCUCUGAGGCCACCAGUGAAGGAUAAGCUGAGCUGUGCUGGGAUCCGGGAUGUGAGCCUGAAGCACCCCCUCCUCCUGACACGAGGGAGGGCCUAAAUGAGUAACUACGACCAGACACACCCCACCUGUCAUCGACCCCGGAGCAGGACUCCAGCUUUCAGAACAAAGCCAAAACAGCUGAGAGCAAACAGGCAGGGCCUCUGACAUGGCCACUGCGUGUUGGCUCUCCCCCAGCCUGCCCCCUCCUCCUGACUGGGUCUGUGUGAAGGGCUGGAGACCACCAAACAGGGUGGACUCCCUUCAGCCUCCUGCCAUUCGACAUUCUGGUACCGUUCACCUGAGCAAUCACACACACAUGGAUGCUGUUAGGCCAUUUAAGUAUUCCAACAGCCUGAACCAAAGGAAACCUUGAGUUAUCAUUCUCUUUUUAGCAAGCAAUUGAAAAGCUCCUGCAACAAAGUUGUCAAACCAAAACUAGCCAGCUGAUUUAUAGUCUGGAAGUGUCUAAUCUGAGAAUUUAUUGCAGGCUCUUGGCUGCUUUCACACUAAGCCGUCUGUUUGCUUUUCUAAAGACAGACAUUGUUUAAAGCACACAUUUCUCUAGUACUCCAUAGCACGUCUGCUUCCCUGCAGAAACACAGCUAAAGCCCCAGCAGUACAAUGGGAGGCUGAUCAUGGCUCCAGUGCUUUCAGCUGCUCAGCCCUGGUUUCCAGCUCUGUGUGCUGACUCUUUGCUCACUCUGCAGCAGAUGUGACCCCUGAGUUUGCACAGCCAGGCUGGCGCUUAUCUCCCCGCUGCAGGCUGCCAGCCCAUUCCCACUGGAGCAGCUCAGGGCAGGCAGCAGGCCCCAGAGAGGCAGCAGUGCCACAGGCAGGCUGGAAAGCAGGCAAAGCCCAGCCCUGCCUGUGGCACACUGCUGGGGCACACACCAGGGAAGAGCUGUACUGCUGCAGCCCCAAGAACUGAGAAUGUAUAGCUCACACAUACUGUGUGCAACAGAGCCUCUGAAAUAUUUUUUAAUUCCUCAGUUCAAUAAGGAUUUUUUUUACUUUUUUCUUUUUAAGAGCAGAACUGCUAACACCAGAUCCCUCCUGAGAAUCUGCACAGCAUUUGGGGCAUCUAAUGCUCUUCUGCCUAGUGGCACAUUGAAUGACACCUGUUGCUUUGCCAUUUAUCUAAGCACCUCUCAUAAUAACCUCACCAUCCUCACUGUGGUACUACCCUGCACCAUGCUUCUUGUUUGUCUCAGUUUAAAUAAUUCACAGAAGUGAAGGAGUCUUCACUGGUCCCUCUCACUUGCAGCAAGGGAUCACACUUAAAAGAAAUCACUGUAAGGUAAUUUGCGUUUUUCCACAUUAUUCCUUCCAAGCAGAUGGGAUUUGGCUAACCAGUAAACAAGCUACAAGCUGCAUCCCUCAGAGCUUGUGUAGGAGUCAGAGACCAGCAAGAGAUGCACUGUAUGAAAUUUCCAGUGUCCUUCCUUUCCCCUUCUCUCCAAUUUAGGGAUCCUCUUCACAUCUUUUUCUCCCUUUAAUUAAGGUCACAAUAUAGUUUUAAUUAAAGCAUGCCUGGAUGGUAGUACCUUCUCUGAUUAUCCAGGAGAGAUGGGGAGUCACUGUACACCCAUGACGACAUGCCUAUUUCCACCCAUCCACAACUGUCUGUAGUUUUUAGCUACAAAUAGACUGUCCUCCAUAAGUUUCAGGAAAAGACAAGACUUGGACCAGAGGCACCACAGAUCCCAUUCUCCUUGGCUGGCAAAUGGCCUUAUGCCAAACAUCCCUCUGAGGCCAGGGGCCUCUGCUUUACUGGCCCAUCAGAUCACACCUCCUGUCCAAAGUACCCUGACCACAAGCAGGUGAGCAAGCUGUGCCCAGAUGCUGGGCACGCAGGAUUCAUGAGCUGUCUGCACUGGAGCUGCCUGAUUUUACACAUCCUAAUGUAAUCCUGCCCCCUUGCACAUCCUGAUAAAUCUGACUAGCAGAAUUUCCCUUUCAGCAGCUACACUGGGCAGGAAGCACACAAGGCCAGUGUUGCCACACCACUCACAAAGCAUGAAUGUUAAGACUCAAUGUGAAAUUGAAAAGAAAUACAUCUGGUGAGCUGACGUUUAGGAGCAGAGAUUCUCCCAAGCCCCUCCAGCUCCAAGAACUCCUAGUGAGGAUGAAACACUUCACUGCCUGUUCCAAUACAGGUCUGCAAUUUACUGCACCCUUCUGCUUUGGGACUCCAGAGGAUGGGCAAGUGGACACAGUAAAGCUUCAGACUCUCCAGCGAGACUGACACCACCCUAUCUAUAUCCUCUAUAUUCAUGCAGGAUCACACCAGCUGUGGGCUGAGAGCACAGGGACUGCUGCACAGCUCAGUUAACAAGCUGCAAUUUGACUACACACCAGCCUCCUAGGCAGGCAUGCAUUGGGUAUUGCAUUGCCACCUGUCCUGCAAUGUGCCCCACCUGCCUUGCAGCUGCAUUUCCAGGCUGAAAGGCUAUUGUGGGCUUGCUGGCAGCCACCACUAACAUUUACCUAAUAAAGUUGAAGGGGCAAGGAUGAGAAAUUAAAUGUUUGUGGCUGUGAAAUCCUCCUCCAUCCUUAAGCACAGUUUCAGCCUUUGUCCUUCAGAAACAAUCCAGCCAAGAUACUCUAGUUCACAGUCCAUAUCCUUCAGUGGGAGAUUUCUCCCAGCAGGCCCAUAUAAUUUUACUGUUGACAAAAUCCAGGCUGUAAUAACAGCUUGUCAUCAGCAGGUGAAGCCUUUCAAAUGAAUGUGUUAUUCUGCCCCUGCCAGCUCACACUGGAGCAAAAUACUUCUCUCCCCCUCCCCAGCAAGCUCAAGAAAGCUGUAAUUACAGCACGUGAGUAAGAGAUUCACAAAGAAACAAAACAGUGUUGAUAAGCACAGCCAUUCUUUAGCUUGGAUUCCAGCCUAAAGCCUAGCAAACCUGACUCCUUCCUAUUCUGUAUGUAACACAAAGGCCUCUCACUCCAUCAGGUUCUCAGAGAUCUAUCAAUAUGGAGAAGAGACUACCCCAUUUCUCCUCUUGUAUUUUUCGCCUUAUAUCAACCUCUGCACGUGCUGGGAUGUGUCAUUCAGCUCAUCCCUGACCUGGGGAUGCCAUUCCCCCUUCAGGGCUCACAGCUCAUCACACUGUGUCUGAGUCCUACAUCUUCUAUCAGGGUGACCCAGGGUUUAUUUUAGUUACAUAUAAUUUGCUCUUGAUACAGAGCAACAGAACAGAACCACUGAGCAGGUAACAGGUGCUGAAGCCACUGCAAGAGACACUUCCUGUCUUUCUGUCCUGGAAAAACAAAGCUGCCAAGGAGCACAUCAACUUGAGAGUCUCCAAGCCCAGUGACACUCAUUCCUCUCCAGAAAUAUUUCAUCCACUCCAGCAACUGCAGAAAUACUAUCAGAAACUCAAAAAUGAAACUGUUCCUCAAAGAGAAUCUAGGAGGUGAAGAAGCCUGAAGCAGCUGAGCCCAUUACAACUAUAAUUAUCUAUGCACUAAACAAGAUAGUACAGCUUCGUGGAUUGAGUGUGAAUGAACAUAUAAAAAUAAAAGCUUGCUGUGAAAUAAUCUGCUGCUAACGUAUCUUGAAGUUAUCUUUAGAAGGUUAGUCUAAUGUCUUUGUUAGCUGCUUUAAAAUAAAUAAAUAAGUGCUGAGACAGUA